ACACAGCAUUAAUGGCAUCGCGGCUUUCUUGAGGAGAUAGAGAUAAAGAGAGAGCGAGAGAGAACUGGCUAAGCCCUGAAGAUGGACCGAAGAGACGCUACGCUCGUUGGUUCCCUGCUGUUGUGUAUCAUCACUCAGGUGAGGGUGGUCAAGCUCAAGAAUGUCCUCAAGAAUUCAAGUUGUCAAACAUCUUUAAUUUGUCAAAGUAAGCUUGUGAUAUUUUGGGGAAUAAAUGGAAUUCAAUGUUUGAGGGAUGUCAUGGGAUGAUGAACUUGUUUGCAACAUACUGUAUGCACUUGUUUUUGGUAAGUGAAUAGUAUAUGGUGGUUCACAAACUGAUACUAAACGUCUACAAGAAAGUAGAGCGUUGUGGUAUAGCUGAACACACAACACAGUUGGAUGUUCGUUGGAGCGAUUGGAUGUUUGCCCAUGUCAUAGGGAUGCUGGGGGUUGAGAUGUUCCGCGUUGAGAGGUUGGAAAGUUGUGUAUUGCGUAACGUGAAGAAUAUGUAUUUGACUCCAGGAGGCAAGAGAUUGAAGACCUCUCUAGGCUAUAUUCCACAGAACUAGUAGAACUCCUUUGCGGUUAUGUAUUUUGUCUAUACAGCAAUAGUCUAAAGGAACUUACAACAGGGAGUCAUGCUGAGACCAAGGUCUCUUUCUCAGAUGUGCCCUGCAUACACAUCAAUACACAUAAAAAACAUCAAUAUACACUCAGUGGAGGCUCCUCAGAGGAGGAAGGGGAGGACCAUUCUCCUCAGUGAAUUUCAUAAAAAUAAAAAUAGUGAAACAUUGAAAAAGUUAUAAUUUUUAGAUAAAACUGUACUAAAUAUAUUCACGUCACCAAAUAAUUGAUUAAAACACACAGUUUUUCAAUGAAGCUUUACAUUAGCCUCAGCAGCACUCUCUGGGGUAGCACCAUGGUGUAGCCGGAGGACAGCUAGUUUCUGUCCUCCUCUGGGUACAUUGACUUCAAUACAAAACCUAGGAGGCUCAUGGUUCUCAACCCCUACCUUAGACUUACACAGUAAUUAUGUCAACUUCCGGAGGAUGUCCUCCAACCUAUCAGAGCUCUUGCAGCAUGAACUGACAUGUUGUCCACCCAAUCAAAGGAUCAGAGAAUGAAUCUCGUACUGAAAGCAUAAGCUAGAGUUAGCUAGCACUGCAGUGCAUAAAAUGUGGUGAGUAGUUGACUCAAAGAGAGAGAAAGACAAUAGUUGAACAGUUUUGAACAAAUUAAUUUCUUCAAAAAUGAAGGAGAAGCAAGAGAGAGAGAGAGAGCUAGCUAUAUUUCGUUGAAUUUUUUUUUCUCACUUUCAAUUACUUAGCUGAUGAAUGCAGCUAGCUAGUUUAGCCUACUCAAACAUCCGGCUCAAACAGAAAGGGAUGCUAUGUUAGCUAGAUGGCUAUUCAACAUUGGAACUCUCCCAAGUCAAGGUAAGCUUUUGGUUUUAUUAAUUUAUUGCCACUGGGGCCCGCCGGUGUAACUGUUAAACUGCUUGCUGACUGUACACUGUACUGCAUGAUUGAAGCGGGUUUACUAAUACGUUAGUUCUAGUAGCUAUGUUGACUAUGACGUUAGCUAAUAUGGUGACAAUGAUGUAGGCUGUGUGUAGCGGUUAGCGGUUAUGGUAUGAUAGCUUGGCUUGGAAAGUUUUUUUUCUCCUGGUCACAGACAGCUGUUGUAUUGUGCACUGAAGUCCACAAGCGAAUGUAAAAGUUGAGAGGAGGACAGCGCAUAGGAAUUAUACAACAAACUAAGUGAUCAUGCUGUUUUUAUGUGUGCUGCUAUGAAAGUGAACUGUAUUUGUGGGUGAUCAGAGGUGUAUUCAUUCCAUCAAUUCAGUUGAAAAACAUUUCUUAAACGUAAGCAAACAGAAAGAAAUGGGGAUAAACAUAUUUGAAUUUGUCCUAUCGAAACUCUCAUUUGCAACUGUUGGACUAAUGAUUACACCCUAGAUCAGCUAGAUGCAGGUAAGAGUGUGCAAUGUGGUAUUGAAUGUGUCACUGUCUGUCACCUUGAUACUAAAGAAAUUCUGUAAACCUGUGCACAUACGCUGUAAACUUUCAUUCUUAGGCUAAGUCGUAGCAACCUCAUGAUGGGUAUAUGGAAAAGUCAAGUAUCAUGUACAUUAGUAGCCUAAAACUAUCGAUGUUACAUUGAGCUGGGUGAAUGGAAUAUGAAUGACAGUCAUCCAAUAUGGGUUCAAAAAUGGGUUCUCCCUCAUCUUAAACGGCACCGACCGCCACUGAUACACAUCAAUAAUACACAUCAAUAUUCACAUCAAUAUACUAAAAGCAAAACACAAUUAUAGAAAACAAACACAUUUUUCUGUAAAAAGGUCAUCAAUCAGCCUUCUGAAUUGCCCUAGAGGCACCAAUUCAACCAAUUUUAGAGAGCCCUGGAGAUUAUUCCACAAGUAAGGUGCAAAAAAACUAAAAACUGAUUUACAUAACUCAGUGGAGAUUGAAGGGAUCUCCAGAGUUAGCCAUCCCUGAAACCUGGUCUGGUAUCUCAUAAGCUAACAACAAGGUAAGAUAUGCUGGAAGUUUAUGCUGGAGGGCUUUAUAAACAAAAAGAGUGCAAUGCGUUUGCACUGCAAGAGUGCAGUGCAAUUUGACCAGUAUUGUCGCAGCAAAAUAAUCCUGCAUCAACUGGAUUUUAAUGUUUAGUCCAUAAUGUUGCUUGAUUGGUGGUUAGGCUAUUAGCUGAACAAAAUUAGGCUACAUGAAUAGUGCAAUACUGUUAAUAUAGCUGUGUUUUAGUGCUGGGUUUAAGUGAAUUUAUGUAAAUCACAAAGCUUAUCUGCAUUUCCUGCAGUGCAAAAAAGUGAUCAAAUUUGACAUGAAUUUAAGUGAUGCUAUGAAUGACCAGCUUAUGGUUUUUGUGCGUAAUAUUAGUGCAAUAUAUCCUGCAUGAUGUUCAUGGAUAAAGAAUUCCAGGUUAUAGGAUUCCCUUGCAGCUUAUUCCCUGCUAAUUCCAGAAAUCCUCCAACUGGGAUUUUGGGAAACUGUAAGGAUUUUUGCAACCCUACAGGUUACACAAACAAAUAUACACAAAAGUACAGUAACAUUUAUAGUACAGUCACAGACAAAAAAGCCUUAACCCAUACAGUCAACAAAAGGCCACAGGAGAAAACUGCAGUCUCACACAUAUUUUUUUCCACAAACGCCACUACAGUUAAUCAACCUACUGUAAACCAAUAUGUGUUAGGUGUGGUGCCAGCUAUGUGGGGGCCCGUGCCACAACUGCCCCUGGCCCACGCCACGCUGCCCUCCGGGGGUGCCCACCGUGCUGGAUGGGUGCCGCUGCUGCCCGGUGUGCGCCAGACAGGAGGGCGAAGGCUGCACGGAGAGGUUUGUGUGUGACAGCCAGCUGGGCUUGCAGUGUGACUACAGCGCCAGCUACCCCGGAGGUCCUGGAGAGUGUGUCAGUGAGUACAACGCUACCCUGUUAAGCUGGUUAAGCUGGUCCCAGGUCUGUAAGAUAUAUCAGUUUGUGGUAUCUUGCCAACUGUAAGAUCCAACUGCAAGACGACAAAGCAGUACAGUUGGCAAGACAGCACAAACAGAUCUGGGACCAGGCGACUACUUUGUAGGGGACAAAUACUGUACAAGGCCUCAAAGCAUAUCUAUUAUGUGACCACGAUAAUGAUAAUAAGACCUCAAAUGGAGUGAGAUGUAAGAAUGUAUCCCAGUUUUCAGGCACAGCAAGUCUUUGACUUAGACUAAUGUUGAAUGUCCUAAUCCAUGGCCAUAAAUAAUAGGAAAAUACUUCAAAGUUAUUUUGGAUUGUGAAAGGCAGCCAUGGGUAAUAAUCCCACAAUCUCCAGUCGGAUACAACAAGUAUUACAACAUUGAUGUUAAUAGAGGGCAGCCAUUAGUAGUGUUACAAAUAAAAUACAAAAUAUGCACUCACUACUGGAAGUCACUCUGGAUAAGAGCGUCUGCUAAAUGACUCAAAUGUUAUUUUAGUACACAUAUCUUGUCCCUAGACUUGACCCCACAUACAUUGUCCAUCUGCUUCACCUACUUAACUGAGCAAAGUUCACUCUCUCGCUUCCCCGUCUCUCUCCCCAUCUAUUCCUGUUAGUUAUUUCCUGUUCAUAUUCUCUGUUGCCAGGCAAGAACUUGCUGGGGUGUGAACUGAACGGCAUGCGCUUCGAUGAGGGCCAGACAUUCCAGCCGUCGUGUGCACAGCUGUGCCACUGCCUGGGUGGCGGGGUGACCUGUGUGCCACUGUGCAGCGAUGACCUCCAGGUGCCCGCCGCAGCCAACUGCCCCAACCCCCAGCUACUGCGCCAGCCAGGGAGGUGCUGCAGGGAGUGGGUCUGUGAAAGCCUGGACAACAAUAUUUACGCAGACACUAUGGCUACAGGUACAGAACUUGAUAGGCAAAAAUGUGAAAAUAAGUCUUUGUCCUUUGCCCAUUUGAAUAGGAAUAAUUAAUAAUAAUAAUUUAUUACAUUUGUAAAGUGUUUUUCAUUAUACAGAAAUAAUCUCAAAGUGCAUAAAAAAAGAUAAAAUGGAGAAAUAGUGAAUAAACAAAAAAUUAUAUCUAUAUAUACAGCGCAUUCGGAAAGUAUUCAGACCCCUUGACUUUUUCCACAUUUUGUUACGUUACAGCCUUAUUCUAAAAUGUAUUAAAUAGGUUUUUCCCCUCAUCAAUCUACACACAAUACCCCAUACUGACAAAGCAAAAACAGGUUUUUAGCUAUUUUUGCAAAUGUAUUAAAAAUAAAAAACUGAAAUAUCACAUUUACAUUAGUAUUCAGACCCUUUACUCAGUACUUUGUUGAAGCACCUUUGGCAGCGAUUAUAGCCUCAUGUCUUCGUGGGUAUUGAUUGAUACUGCCACCACCAUGCUUCACCAUAGGGAUGGUGCCAGGAUUCCUCCAGACGUGACGCUUGGCAUUCAGGCCAAUCUUGGUUUCAUCAGACCAGAGAAUCUUGUUUCUCAUGGUCUGAGUGUCCUUUAGGUGCCUUUUGGCAAACUCCAAGCAAGCUAAACAUUUCAAGAACUUUGAAGGUUCCUUCAAGUGCAGUCGCAAAAACAAUCAAGCGCUAUGAUGAAACUUGCUCUCAUGAGGACCGCCACAGGAAUGGAAGACCCAGAGUUACCUCUGCUGCAGAGGAUAAGUUUAAUUAGAGUUACCAGCCUCAGAAAUUUCAGCCCACAUAAAUGCUCCAUAGAGUUCAAGUAACAGACACAUCUCAACAUCAACUGUUCAGAGCGGACUGUGUGAAUCAGGCCUUCAUGGUCGAAUUGCUGCAAAGAAACCACUACUAAAAGACACCAAUAAGAAGAAGAGACCUGCUUGGGCCAAGAAACACGAGCAAUGGACAUUAGACCGGUGGAAACUUGUCCUUUGGUCUGUAGUCCACCGUAAAGCAUGGAGGAGGAGGUGUUAUGGUGUGGGGUGUUUUGCUGGUGACACUGUCAGUGAUUUAUUUAUAAUUCAAGGCACACUUAACCAGCAUGGCUACCACAGCAUUCUACAGCGAUACGCCAUCCCAUAAGGUUUUGGCUUAUUGGGACUAUCAUUUGUUUUCAACAGGACAAUGAUCCAACACACAGGCUGUGUAAGGGCUAUUUGACCAAGAAGGAGGGUGAUGGAGUGCUGCAUCAGAUGACCUGGCCUCCACAAUCCCCUGAUCUCAACCCAAUUGAGAUGGUUUGGGAUGAGUCGGACCUCAGAAUGAAGGAAAAGCAGCCAACAAGUGCUCAGCAUUUGUGGGUACUCCUUCAAGACUGUUGGAAAAGCAUUCCAGGUGAAGAUGGUUGGGAGAAUGCCAAGAGUGUGCAAAGCUGUCAUCAAGGCAAAGGGUGGCUAUUUGAAGAAUCUCAAAUAUAAAAUAUAUUUUGAUUUGUUUAACACUUUUUUGGUUACUACAUGAUUCCAUUAUUUUUUUAUAACCAAACCAUGAUCUGUACUUCUCCACAACUUUGUCCCUGUUUUCAUCAUAGUUUUGAUGUCUUCACUAUUGUUCUACAAUGUAAAUAAUAGUAAAAUUAAAGAAAAACCCUUAAAUGAUUAGGUGUGGCCAAACUUUUGACUGGUAGUGUAUAUAUACAGUAUAUACAGUUGAAGUCGGAAGUUUACAUACACCAUAGCCAAAUACAUUUAAACUCAGUUAUUCACAAUUCCUGACAUUUAAUCCUAGUACAAAUUCCCUGUCUUAGGUCAGUUAGGAUCACCACUUUAUUUUAAGAAUAUGAAAUGUCAGAAUAAUAGUAGAGAGAAUGAUUUAUUUCAGCUUUUAUUUCUUUCAUCACAUUCCCAGUGGGUCAGAAGUUUACAUACACUCAAUUAGUAUUUGGUAGCAUUGCCUUUAAAUUGUUUAACUUGGGUCAAACGUUUCGGGUAACAUUCCACAAGCUUCCCACAAUAAGUUGGGUGAAUUUUGGCCCAUUCCUCCUGACAGAGCUGGUGUAACGGAGUCAGGUUUGUAGGCCUCCUUGCUCGCACACGCUUUUUCAGUUCUGCCCACAAAUGCUCUAUAGGAUUGAGGUCAGUGCUUUGUGAUGGCCACUCCAAUACCUUGACUUUGUUGUCCUUAAGUCAUUUUGGCACAACUUUGGAAGUAUGCUUGGGGUCAUUGUCCAUUUGGAAGACCCAUUUGCGACCAAGCUUUAACUUCCUGACUAAUGUCUUGAGAUGUUGCUUCUAUAUAUCCACAUAAUUUUCCUUCCUCAUGAUGCCAUCUAUUUUGUGAAGUGCUCCUGCAGCAAAGCACCCCCACAGCAUGAUGCUGCCACCCCCGUGCUUCACGGUUGGGAUGGUGUUCUUUGGCUUGCAAGCUAUCCCCCUUUUUCCUCCAAACAGUUCUAUUUUUGUUUCAUCAGACCAGAGGACAUUUCUUCAAAAAGUUUGAUCUUUGUCCCCAUGUGCAGUUGCAAACCGUAGUCUGGCUUUUUUAUGGCGGUUUUGGAGCAGUGGCUUCUUCCUUGCUGAGCGGCCUUUCAGGUUAUGUUGAUAUAGUACUCGUUUUACUGUGGAUAUAAAUACUUUUGUACCUGUUUCCUCCAGCAUCUUCACAAGGUCCUUUGCUGUUGUUCUCGGAUUGAUUUGCACUUUUCGCACCAAAGUACGUUAAUCUCUAGGAGACAGAAUGCGUCUUCUUCCUGAGCGGUAUGACGGCUGCGUGGUCCCAUAGUGUUUACACUUGCAUCCUAUUAUUUGUACAGAUGAACGUGGUACCUUCAGGCGUUUGGAUAUUGCUCCCAUGGAUGAACCAGACUUGUGGAGGUCUACAAUUUUUUUUCUGAGGUCUUGGCUGAUUUCUUUUGAUUUUCCCAUGAUGUCAAGCAAAGAGGCACUGAGUUUGAAGGUAGGCCUUGAAAUACAUCCACAGGUACACCUCCAAUUGACUCAAAUGAUAUCAAUUAGCCUAUCAGAAGCUUCUAAAGCCAUGACAUUUUCCAAGCUGUUUAAAGGCACAGUCAACUUAGUGUAUGUAAACAUCUGACCCACUGGAAUUGUGAUACAGUGAAUUAUAAGUGAAUUAAUCUGUCUGUAAACAAUUGUUGGAAAAAUUACUUGUGUCAUGCACAAAGUAGAUGUCCUAACCGACUUGCCAAAACUAUAGUUUGUUAACAACAAAUUUGUGGAGUGUUUGAAAAAAACGAAUUUUAAUAACUUCAACCUAAGUGUAUGUAAACUUCCGACUUCAACUGUAUAUAUAUAUAAAAUUGGGUGACACAUACUUAAUCAGAUUUUCGUCUAACAUGAUCCACCAUGAUCUCUUAAACUCACUGCUAUAUAUGACAUUUUUCCUAAAGACGCGAAAUGCCUUGCGAUGUGAGAUCGGGUUGCCAUAAUGCGCAAUCAUGUUGCAAGAUGCGGGGCUCAUUCACUCGUGACAAUUGCGACAUUCCCUCCACAUUGUUGUGUCCUAUAUGUCAUAAUUUGGUUAAAUUAUGAUUUAUAGGACACAACAACCUUGAGGGUUAAGUCGAGGCAUAACUCUGGUGAGAUUAUAAUUAAAAUAAGACUUUUGGAGAGUUUAAAACAUAGAAAACAUACUGAAAAAAAAACUGCAUUUUUUAUGCUUCACACGGGAAUGUCUCACACCCUUGCAAGCAACUCUUCUACAACUUGGUAACGCCUACUCCGCUUCCCUCGCAUGGACAAAUACCACAACGCCGCCCAACCUCAUCCUGUAACUACCUUGUACAAAUAUUUUUGAAAAGAAGCCUAAAGCUGGCGAUCAGGCUGAACUUUCCAUCAAGUGUCCAUUUUCUUUAAAAUAACAAUCUUUAAAAAAAACUUUACAGGUUGGCGAAGUAUAUCUGUUUUUGCAUCUACAGAUAAUCUGCAGGAGACAUUCCAUAUAAAGUGGUCCCAAUAUAAAUAAUUAUUUUUCUUUCAUUUUCUUUUUCAUUUAUUUUAUAUACUUAAAGGGAUACUUCAGGAUUUUGGCAAUGAUGCCCAUUAUCUACAUCCCCAGAGACAUGAACUCAUGGAAACCAUUUUUAAGUUUGUGUGUCCAGUAUGAAGGAAGUUAGAGGUAGUUUCGCGAGCCAAUGCAAACUAGCGUUAGCACAAUGACUGGAAAUCUAUGGGUAUCUGCUAGCAUUCCGUUCAUUGCGUUAAUGCUAGACUGGGGAAGUAGAUAAAUGGCAUCAUUGCCAAAAUCCCAAAGUAUCCCUUUAACUACAAAUGAAUAAUUCUAAGUUACACAUCACAGUAACAAAAUAGAGAAUCCCUUGGAUCCCUUGGUCAAAAUGUUGAAAACAUGUAUCAACAACUUGGUGUGACGUUAACGUCUUGAAAUAACUUAAGUGCUGCAGUGAGAUUUACUGCUUGUUUGCCAGGAUAAAACAUCUUCAGGUGUACAACAUAGAGGAAUUUGGUUGUAUUUCAACUAUUUCCUUUUUUGACAAAAGGGUUCAAUUGAACCUGCAUGGCAGUGUUUCCACAGUAGCAUUCAGGUGACAAAAUAACAUCAUAGAAUAAUUUUCAAUACUGUAUUAAUAACAGUUAGACUAUUGUUUUGAGGUAAUACUUUAAUUGAAGGGGGUUUACAUAAAGCAUUCGUUAUACCUUUAUGAAAUACCACCUUUAUGAAUGGACAGUAUCAUUCAUAAAAACGUUCUUAAUAACAACGUUCUUAACACAUGUUAUGAAUGGGUUCAUGAAGGUGUUAUGAAUGCCUUAUGUACGGAUAACCCCUUCAAGUAAAGUGUUACCCUUUUUUGUAGCUAACCUGUUGAUGCUUCAAAGGAAGACAAGUGUGUGCAAGGAGUAGUCACAACAUACAAAUAGGCAGGCUGUAUUGAAUCCAGCAGUCAAAUAUAGUUAAGCAUUUAAAACCACAAUAUUCAUAUUUAAUGGACAAGAAAUGUACAUAAAAUGUCCUUUGUGUGUAAUAGCAUAGCCAUAUCAAUAACCUCACAUAACAAACCCCAUAAGUAUACAAAUGGACUAAUGGCAUCACAUUGCCCUUGUCUUUCAACACGACCCAGUGGAGAGACCACCAGAGAGGGAGAGGGUGCGUCAGGACUUUCGUGGUGAUGGGGGUGGGGCUCAGUCUCAGGGCCAGGGCCUGAACUCCAACUGCAUUGAGCAGAGCACAGACUGGAGCCCCUGCUCCAGCAGCUGUGGCCCAGGUGUCUCCACCCGCAGCUCAAACCAGAACUGGGCCUGUCGCCCGCAGACCCAAACCAGACUGUGCCAGGUCAGGCCAUGCCAGGCCACUGCCGUGCCUCGCAGCAGGUCGCAGGCGGUGAGUGGGAGCAGCGCUCUCUGCCUUUCUUUACCUCAAACACUCUCAAACACUUUGCAAAUACUCUUACUGCUGUCUGGCCAUUUUGUUUUCGAGGUAAGUUGACGUAGAAUGGAUUGCCUCUCGAGGUGGGUGGACACAGUUUGGGCAUUAGAAAUGUUUUGCUUUCAUUCUCGUACCUCACUUUUUGGCAAAUGGGAUGAAUUACUUGAUAUAAUUUACAUUGUACCUUUGCUUAGAUACAGCAUUGACCAUAAAUUGACCAUAAAUGUGUGCCAUCAGAAGAACUGCGUUAUGAAGAAUUGCAUUGAGAGUUGUCAAAAUGUCAAAAUAUUUCAAAGUCCAUGUUGAUCAACUACAAGUUGAAGUAAGAGAUCAUUUAAAAUCAUUCAAUGUUUUCAAUUGAAGUCCACUGUUAUGUGUAUUGCAGGGAAUGGGUGGCUGCGAUAGUAGCUUCAGGUCUCCCGUGCCCAUUCAUCUGGAGCACCAGGGCUGUUUGAGCACGUUGGACCUACAGGCCUCGGUUCUGUGGCCUCCAGUGUCCGGAUGGCCGCUGCUGCAGCCCCUACCGCACCAGGACCGUCAGCAUGGCCUUCCGCUGCCCCCAGGGCAGGAUGAGCCACCAGCAGGUGAUGAUGAUUGAGUCCUGCUCCUGCCACCACUACAACUGUCCCCAGUCCCCACUCACAGCCUACAGGAGAGCCAUGCCCUGGCUUUAG